CACGCAAACCUUUCAUCAAGAGGAGAGAGCUAGCGUCAGAGUCGCAUACCUUGGUAUCAGAGAAUAUAAGAUAUCGUCACAGGGACUAUAACUGAACCUUAAUAUAUAAUAAGGUCGCUUUGGGCAGCGGCACACCAUGCAGCGGUGGACUCGCAACGGGAUGCUCGACUUCUCGCAGCCGUCGGCGUCAUCCCCGUACGGCUUCUACGACGCCGGGCAGGGAGCGUCGAGCAGCCGCGGCGGCAGAUCACACGGCUGCCGGAGCCAGGACAAGGAGCAGCGCAAUCUGGAGAAGAACCUGAGCAAGGUGCGCAAGGAGUGGAUGAAGGUGAAGGAGGAGAUGGGGUACGCGAGGCUGCUGAGCGAGCACCUCAGCGAAACAGUGACGGAGGCCGACCGGAAGGUGGCCGCCAUGCUGGAGGAGCUCGACCGGACGGACAAGUAUAUGCAGGACAUACUGUCCUCGUCCCAGCACAAGUGAGAAUUAGCCGUGGUGAUAGAUGCAAUUUUUUUUUUGGUGCCUGAUAUUCUAGCUACUAGAGCUUCCUCUUUGGGGCAUUUUGCCAUUUGGUAUUAUGGUAGAUGAUGUCCAGGCCGGUAUGGCCGGCGUAUGUGUAGUUGUGUACAUCGUAUGGAGUUGCAUUGUUCUUCAGUUGGCUUCAUUUCAGUGCUUGAUUACUAUGAGUUUCACCUUCAGUCUUCUAAGCCUUGCUGAAUUUA